AUGGCAUCCUCGCGCACCCUCUCUCGCCAGCUCGGCGGCCUCCUCCGCGGUGCCACUGGCAGCGGCAGCCGCAGCACCGGCGGCAGGGCGGCGCGCUUCGUCCCUGCGCGCCAGCAGUCGACGCUGCCCGCCGUCGCCGCGGCGCACCUCAACCCGGUCAACGGCUUCGUCGGCGCCGUGGGCAACACGCCCCUCAUCCGGAUCAACACGCUGUGCCAAGAGACGGGCGCCGAAAUCUACGGCAAGGCCGAGUUUAUGAACCCGGGCGGCAGCGUAAAGGACCGCGCCGCCCUCUUUGUCGUCAAGGACGCAGAGGAACGCGGCCUCAUCCGCCCCGGCGGCACCGUCGUCGAGGGCACCGCCGGAAACACGGGCAUCGGCCUCGCACACGUCUGCAGGGCAAAGGGCUACAAGUGCGUAAUCUACAUGCCCAACACCCAGAGCCAGGAAAAGAUCGACCUGCUCCGCAUGCUCGGCGCCGAAGUCUACCCCGUCCCCGCGGUGGCGUUUGACAACCCGCAGAACUACAACCACCAGGCCAAGCGGCACGCCGAGUCGCUCGACAACGCCGUGUGGACCAACCAGUUUGACAAUACGGCCAACCGCCGCGCGCACAUCGAGACGACGGGCCCCGAGAUCUGGGACCAGACCAACGGCGGCCAGCUCGACGGCUUCAUCUGCGCCACGGGCACCGGAGGCACGCUGGCGGGCAUCACCCACUACCUCAAGGAGCGCUCCCAGGGGCGCGUCCAGUGCUGGCUGGCCGACCCGCCGGGCUCGGUGCUGCACUCGUACAUCCAGACCAAGGGCAAGCUCAUGGACCGCCAGGGCGGCUCCAUCACCGAGGGCAUCGGCCAGGGGCGCGUGACGGACAACCUCAAGCAGGAGGUGUCGGUGCUCGACGACUCGGUGCACGUGCCGGACGAGGAGAGCAUCGCCAUGGUCUACCGCCUCCUCGACGAGGAGGGCAUCUACAUUGGCGCCAGCUCCGCCCUCAACGUCGUCGCCGCCAAGAAAAUGGCCGAGCGGCUGGGCAAGGGCAAGACGGUCGUCACGAUCCUCUGCGACGGCGCCUACCGCUACCAGGCGAGGCUCUUCAGCCGCAAGUGGCUCGAGAGCAAGGGCCUCGCCGAUGCCAUCCCCGAAAGGCUGCAGAAGUACAUCGUGCUUCCGUGA